CGCAGGGCCCCGCCCCCGGCCGGAUGUGGCGGGCAGCCGCGUGUUUCCGGAAGACGUGGCGGCUGAUGUGGAUCUGCCGAAGCCGAUGAGAAUCAGCGGCCGCCAACAUGAUCUCGCUGACGGACUCGCAGAAAAUUGGAAUGGGAUUGACAGGCUUUGGUGUGUUUUUCCUGUUCUUUGGCAUGAUUCUGUUCUUUGAUAAGGCACUCCUUGCGAUAGGAAAUAUUUUAUUUGUGGCAGGUUUGUCCUUUGUAAUCGGUUUAGAAAGGACUUUCAGGUUCUUCUUCCAGAAACACAAAAUGAAAGCCACCGGCUUCUUUCUGGGUGGAAUUUUUGUAGUACUCCUCGGCUGGCCUGUAAUAGGCAUGGUACUUGAAAUUUAUGGAUUUUUUCUUUUAUUCAGGGGGUUCUUCCCGGUGGUGGUCGGCUUUAUUAGGCGAGUGCCUAUAUUAGGCUCCAUUCUGAACUUACCCGGAAUAAGCUCAUUUGUAGAUAAAGUUGGAGAAAGCAACAGCAUGGUAUAACAGAAACUGGAUGAACAACUGCUGCAGAAGUAUACUGUAUAAUAUAUUUAUAAGGUUCACCUAAGACGAACAUUUCUAAAUUUCUAUUUUAAUUGUUAUCUGUCUAGGAAUAAAUAAAACUUGAUAACAUUCUUUGUAUUAAAAUAUUUUGUUUAGAGCAGAAAAGGGGAGCCAUUGUAAUUAAUUCCACUUAUUUUGACUUUCCCUCCCCACCCAAAAUUUUAUAUAUGUCUCUUUGUGGAGGGUGCUUAGCACCACACUUCCUCCAGCAGGAAGGGCAGGAUGGGUUUGGGCACCACCACUACUAUCAGUAAUGCUCAAUGAUCAGCAGGAAGGAAGUAAAUCUUAAACUGGGAGAAUUGAACCAAGCAAGAUCAACCAAGAAGGAGCAUCUUGCUCUGUUCCAUUUGAACCAAGACAACAAGAAAAUCUGAAAAGCUAGAAGGACUGAUACACUCUUGAUUUGAAAAUCAAGUAAUGAAAUACUUGAAGGACAGGCCUUGACCCAUUAAACACGAACAUUUAUAUUGGCUGACCUUUCCUUUUGCGUAAAAAUAACUAGCAUACAUCCACGAUCGUCUUGCCCCUCUUAUCCAUGCUGCUCCUCCGGUUAUUUUUGUUCACAUCAUUGUCUUGUGUUACACUUGCGAUUCCCAAUGUAAAAAGCUAGGUUAAUGGUGAGCUUUUCUCUUUUGUGACUAUCUCAUUUGGCAGGAUUUUCAUACAAGUGAACACCUCUGGCUUAUUAUGUAACAGCAGACGGUGCUUAUAGGUAUUUAAGUUUUAUAAAAGUUAACUUUUCAAAUAUACAUUGUUUGAUGUUAAAAUGUUGUAAAUAAAUCUUUGAAUCGAAUUAUCACAGAAUUUUUAAUGAUAUGUUCCCUUAAUAUGUGGAUUCCUGGUCCAGUGUGUCACUUGUGAGUGAAGUUUGGAAAGCCCUGUGUUUAUCUGCCAAUGCAAGAAAAUGUUUCGAUUUUUUUUAAAUGCAAAAUAAUAAAUAUUACGACUUCCAAUGGCAUUGGUGCUGUAGUUGACCAGAAGAGAAUUUAUGACAGAAACCAAUAUUACUGCUCUAUUAGAAGUAGCAACUGACUUAAUAUAUCAGAAAUUAUAUUUAAUUUAAAAGUACAACAAGAGAGCAAACUAUAUUGGUUCAUUGUCAGAAAGGACGCAUGUUGACUUUGUAACUUUGGAAACCACCUGUGAAAACAUCACUGCUGGUGUAAUUUCCAUGACAUGAAGUACCAUAUUGGGAUCUUUCAUUAACAACUGUUCAUCGUAACGGCUCAGCUGGGUGCAUUAGCCACUGGGGACAAGUCAACCAUGAAUGUAGUCAUGGGUGAAGGUACAAAAGUUUUUAAUUCUAUAGGAAUAUAAUUGCAUAAUUCUGUAUAUCACACCAAAACAUUACUGAAAAUUCUAGUAUUUGUUUGAGUACAUUGUAGGUAGAUUUUUUUUUGUAAUGUAUAUGGAAACCACUAAACAUGUCAGAAUUGCAAUUCCUUUCAUGCUGCUGCCGACCUUGAGCAGAAGUCAACGCAUUGUGUAUCUUUUGUGAACAUGUCCAGAAUUUGGGAUUCUGUCAAGUUUCUAGGUUGCAGAAAGGAAAUAAAUAUUAAUUAUG